CGUUGUUGAAAUUCUUUUUGAGGCAAAUGCUGAUUUUCCCAUGGAUGUACCAUGCACACUGCAUAAAGGGUCAUCAUAAGCUCUCUUUUUUGACCGAUCAUUUCCACGGACAUUACUGCAACAGGAAAUCACCGGAAACAUUAUCUUCCGAGGUCAUUCUAGGAAUAGAAGAUGAUCAUUACAUAAGUUCUCCCACGUGAGAUUCAAACAAUGGUGCAGAUAUUCUCGUAGAGCAGUAGACUUGGUAAUUAGGCUUUUCCUGCUCUCGUCGUUGUGGGCAAGGAUGAUUGAACAAACCUUGAAGUAAUAAGCUUAUUGUUGAUUGCACUGACUUUCAGGAACAAAAACGCGGAAAUCGGGAAAUUGAAACGCUAGUGGAGUCAUUCAUUUUGACUUCCAGAAAAAAUGUUUAAAUGAUUUGACUCUUUCCACAUCUGUUCAUCUCGCAACCUCCAUCUUUCCACAAGAUGUCCUUCUCCGACGUUCAACCGAUCAAAGAUGGUCAGAACCUUCUUUCGAUCAUGCGAGAAAAUUGCAAAAAAGCAAGAAUCGCAUCUCACAUUGAAUUAAAAGAAGAUGCAAUCGAUAGCUUCCUACUCAACGUUUUACCUGCAGACCCAUCUCCCUCUGAGCUGGGAUCUUGGCUUGCUUCUGGAUUUAAGCUUCCACUUGCUUAUCCAUCCUUACAUGCAGAAGUGAAUGUUCUAUGUCAUUUGUGCAUGUUGAAUUCUUUGAGUGGUUAUCGAACCGCAUUUCAUAAAGCAUUAGGACAAGGAGCACACAAGACAAUCGUACAAAUCGUAAUGUCACUCUAUAUUGCCGAUCCGGCAGGAGAUUCAAGUCGUCCGUUAAGUGCAGAAACAUUAGUCUGUCUAACACCAAUGAUCUUGUUGGACUUACUCGGUUUGCCAACACACGAAGAAAAGAAACAUGAAUCCUCGCCGGCUGUCGUCAUGGGCGUACGCAGAAGGGAUGAGAUUUAUGAAGCAUUGGAAACACUAUGCAUUGCAGCAAACGAUACAGGAAAACGAUUGAUGGAAAUGAAAUGUCCUGACUUGGGUGUAUUUGUGGAAAGAACGAUCAAAGAAUCGGCUCGGUUAGGAAAAACGGAUGAGGAACGUGCCUCUUUGGCUGCCAAUACUUUGAUCACCGCUUUGCCAGUCUUUAAUGACGCAUACAAUCUACCUCUGAAAAACGGAGAGACGAUCCCCGUACACAUUCACAAGCGUGCCCUUUUGCUUUUAUCUUGGUUGCAUUCCGCUUUCUUGUCUGGGGAUCAAGGUAAAGCCAACUUCGAGAAACUACCUCUUCCCGAUCCGGCCGUCUUGCCAGCUUUCGUUGAUAAUGUCAUUCCAUCUUUGUUAGUUCAUUUUGGCAUAAUCGAUUUACGAAACGCAAAGCAGAAAGGCUUACAGGAAUGGAACGCAACUCUUUCCAACAAACAAAGUCAACCUGUCGAAUCAGAUUCAGUUCAAGCCGGUACCACACUUACACGGGAAGAAGCAUACCUGAUCAGAGCAUGCAGUGUAGAUGCAUGUCAUGCUAUCAUGCUUCGUGGCCGUCAACUCGGAAAAGAGAAGAAUCGACUAUGGUUGGAAGGAAUCACUGAAGCAUUGAUCGACGGCUUCUUAUGGACUCAAGCUAAACGACCUGAUCUAACAAUCGUUCCUCGAAUGGUGGAGAAGAAGACAUUCAUGUACUGAAAUGAUAAAGUCUAUGAAAAAUUGUAUACUAUUGUACAAAAGUGCUACACAUGCAAUCAAACUAUUUUCCAAACUUUUUCAAAGGAUCUCCCUUCUUUUUAGGUCCUUGAGGUUUGCCGUUCAAGCGACCACCUCUACCUCUCGUACUAGAACCACCUCUUCCGCCUCUGCCUCCUCUACCACCCCUCUUGUGGAAUGUUACAUGACUCAAUCCUUCCUGGCCAUCUUCACGUUUACGUUUCUCCCCGCUAUUUUCAUCAUCUGCAGCAUCGCUGUCCAAUCUCUUUGCUUGCUGACCUGCACGGAUCCGAGGCAUAAGAUAAUGUGGAAUAUGUUUCAGAUGUGAUUGAACACGAGUUGGAUGUAAGAUUUUAUCAUGACGCAAAUAAUCCAAAUCGGUUGGAUUAUCUUCAAAAUGUGCUUUUAG